AUGCGAAUAUCCUCGCUGCUGCCCACGGCCAUUGCCUUUGCGUCGACUUCGGCAAGCACUGAGCCGGAUGCCGCAGCGCACCUGGGCCAUGCUAUCAAACUCAUGUCUGCAAACCCGCUGAUAGACACCCACAUUGAUCUGCCACAGAUAAUUCGGAGUUUACACCGGAACCCACACUCCGCUCUUCCCUCCCUCAAUGCUUCGUUCUCAGGUCACAUUGAUCUUCCGCGUGCUCGAGAAGGUCAUCUCGGCGGCGCGUUCUGGACAGUAUGGGCACCUUGUCCGGAUGUACUCGGCGACGACCCCGGUCCGGACUUCCUCAACCCGACGAACCACCUCCGUGAUGCUCUGGAGAUGCUAGAUCUGAUACAAGGCAUGAUUACUGUGCACUCAGACGAUCUACAGUUUGCAAGGUCUUCGUCCCAAGUCAUGGACGCUUUCAAAGCGGGGAAAGUGGCAAGCCUUAUCGGGCUGGAGGGUACGCAUGUGCUUGGGAACUCGCUGAGUAGCAUGAGGCUACUCGCGCAACUGGGAGUGCGGUAUGUGACGCUGACGCAUACCUGUCAUUCCGCAUUUGCCUCUAGCUGUGGUCAAGUGAGCGGAGAAGUGUUCAAUGAGGUGCAUGAGGGAAAUGGCCUGAGUGCGUUGGGCAGAGAGCUGGUCAAGGAGCUAAACCGGCUAGGAGUGAUGGUUGAUCUGUCUCACACGAGCGUUGAGACAAUGAAUCAGGUCAUCGAUUUGAGCGAGGCGCCGGUAGUAUGGACGCAUAGCGGCAGUCGAGCUCUGUGGGACCACCCAAGAAACGUGCCUGAUGACGUUCUUGCGAAGAUUGGUGAUGGGCCUGGUCAAAUCGAUGGCGUUGUGCAGUCGGUCUUCUUUCCUCCAUUUAUUGGUCCCUACGAUGAGAAGAACGAGCGAUGGUUGGCAAACGUGAGCCGCGUUGCAGAUCAUAUUGAGCAUAUUGCUAGUGUGAUUGGCAGGAAUCGGGUUGGCAUUGCGAGUGACUUCGAUGGCAUGUACUUGGAAGUAGAAGGCUUGGAAGACGCGACUAAGUAUCCCAACCUCGUGGCGGAGCUCAUUACUCGUGGAUGGUCGGAUGACGAGGUCAUUGGGGUCAUGGGCGGCAACUUGAUGCGAAUCAUGGACAAAGUCGACGCGGUGGCAGAAGCCAAGAAAAGCGAGCUGCCGAGUCCGGCAGUAUGGGAGAAGCGAGGGGACUUGCCGGCGACGAGAUGGGGUGGUGGGGGCCACAAUACCUACUGGCCAGCGGACGUUAAGAAGGCGGUCGAGGACAUGGGAAGCUGGAGGCACGAUGAAUUAUAG